AUGAAGUCUUCCAUCGUCCUUGCCGCCACUGGCGCCGUCAUGGCCAUGGGUGCUGCCAUCGACCCCCGUGCCUUGGAGACUGUCCUGGAUAUCACCUACGUGACCGUCACCGUCACUGAGGGUGUUCCCAUCGAGGAGCCUACUCCCACCCCUACUCCCUCCACCCCUGCCGUCUUCUACGAGGCCCCCAGCUCCGUCCCCAAGGUGGAGGAGACGCCUGCGCCCGCGCCCGCACCCGUUUUCGAGACCAUCAUUACCAAGCCGAGCUCCAGCACUCCUGAGCCCACCCCGACCCCGACGCCCACUCCCACGCCUGAGCCGGUUGUCGCGCCUGUCGUUUCUUACGCUGCUCCCGCGUCUAGCGUUGUCGAGACCACCCAGGCUGCCCCUAGCACCGCUCCUGCCGCCAGCGACCUCCAGAGCACCUGCAUUGACUCCCACAACUACCACCGAUCCAACCACUCUGCCCCCGCUCUGACCUGGGAUAGCGCCCUCGCCAGCUACGCCCUCAUCACCGCCCAGACCUGUGUCUUUGAGCAUGACAUGACCACUGGUGGUGGCGGCUACGGCCAGAACCUGGCCAUGUGGGGUGCCACUGGCUCUGAAAGUCUCGGCGAGGCCAAGGCUGCCCAGCGUGCCAUCACUGAGCAGUGGUACAACGGCGAGCUCAACCUCUACCCCGGCUACGGCCAGGCCAGCCCUGACAUGACCAACUUCCUCCAGUGGGGCCACUUCUCCCAGUUGGUCUGGGUUGAUACCACCACUGUUGGCUGCGGCGUUCACUACUGCGCUGCCGGCACCCUCAGCUCCAUUGGCAGCUGGUUCACCGUCUGCAACUACAAGUCCCAAGGCAACGUCAUUGGCAGCUUCGACAAGAACGUCCUACCUCCUGGCAACGCCGCCACGAUCAACGUUGCUUGA